AUGUCGCCCCUUGCUGAUCUAAUGCACUUGAAUCUCUCUGAUACCACUGAGAAAGUCAUUGCAGAGUACAUAUGGAUUGGUGGGUUUGGAACGGACCUUAGAAGCAAAGCUAGGACACUCCCUGUAGUAGUUACUGAUGCUUCAAAGCUUCCAAAGUGGAACUAUGAUGGUUCUAGCACAGGCCAAGCAACUGGUGAAGACAGUGAAGUAAUCUUACAUCCUCAGGCAGUAUUUAAGGACCCAUUCAGGAGAGGCAACAACAUUCUUGUGAUGUGUGAUGCUUGCACUCCGGCCGGUGAGCCCAUUCCAACUAACAAGAGGUAUAAUGCUGCAAAGAUAUUCAACCAACCUGAUGUUGUUGCUGAGGAACCUUGGUAUGGUAUAGAACAAGAGUAUACCUUAUUGCAGAAAGAAACAAAAUGGCCCGUUGGGUGGCCUCUUGGAGGUUAUCCUGGACCUCAGGGUCCCUAUUAUUGUGGGAUCGGCGCUGACAAAGCCUUUGGCCGUGACAUUGUUGAUUCUCAUUACAAGGCCUGUCUUUAUGCCGGAAUCAACAUCAGUGGCAUCAACGGAGAAGUGAUGCCAGGCCAGUGGGAAUUCCAAGUUGGCCCUGCCAAGGGCAUCUCUGCUGGGGACGAGCUAUGGGUGGCUCGCUAUAUUCUGGAGAGGAUAACAGAGAUUGCCGGAGUGGUUGUUUCUUUUGACCCGAAACCUAUUCAGGGUGACUGGAAUGGAGCUGGUGCUCACACGAAUUACAGUACCAAGUCCAUGAGAAGCGAUGGAGGAUUUGAAGUUAUAAAGAAGGCCAUUGAAAAACUAGGGUUGAAGCACAAGGAACAUAUUGCUGCUUACGGAGAAGGCAAUGAGCUCCGUCUUACUGGAAAACACGAAACAGCUGACAUCAACACCUUCUUAUGGGGAGUGGCAAAUCGCGGAGCAUCGGUUAGGAUUGGCCGGGAGACGGAGAAAGCAGGAAAAGGUUAUUUCGAGGAUCGAAGGCCUGCAUCAAACAUGGAUCCUUAUAUUGUUACUUCCAUGAUUGCAGAGACAACCAUCCUCUGGAAACCAUAAAGCCAGAGACAACCGACUCUGCAUUCCCUGUUUACUAGUUUGUUCUUGCGUGUUUGGGGCAGGUAUUGCCUAUU